AAUGAUUGAUGGAGAUGAAUAGAAGAAAAUGGAAAAUGAAGGAUCAUAUGGAUAUUUUACAAUUUUGGCUGUUAAGUUUACAUCGUCUGAACAAUAAAUAGAUAGGUUGACAUUGAUAUUAACUUAAGAAAUUAUAACACUCUAAUAAAGUUUUACACUGACAAAGAAUAUCAACAGGGAGAUAGUUAGGAAAAUCUGAAUAAAACUAAUGAAGCUUAUAAAAUAAUCAAGGACGAGAAGGUAAAUUGAAUUAUUAAUAUAUAAUAGGCUAGAGAAUCCUAUAUGCAUAAAUUGAUGAUUAGAUGUUAUUUAAGUCAACCUUUUGAUUUAAUCUUACCAAACAAAUAAAGUAUAAUUACUCAUUUGAUUAGGUGAUAAAUUGUGGCCUUUUUUUAUUUUUGAAGUUAUUAAAGAAGGAAAAUCAACUAGUGAAAUUAUGUAAUUCAAUUUUUCGGCCCAAACCUUAACAGAAUAAAAGAAGGAUGUAAGAACAAAAAGUUAUAUGUUUUCUAACAUUUCUGUAUAAAAGUUAUUAAUUAUUUUAAGUCAGCCUUGUAUUCUAAAAAAGAUGAUGAAUUCAUAAUUAAUUUUAUUGAGAAUGGGAAAAUACUUUCUUAAAAUUAUAAAGCUAAAUUUCAAAAUCAAAGAGAUUAACUUGUUAAAUUAGCUAUUUUUGCCAAAGAAAUAUUUGAAGAAACAAAACCUACUCUUGAAUUUCAUAAUCCAAAUACAAAAUAGGAUUUGAAUUUAUUUAAAGUACAACAUUAUUCAAUUGGUGAAAAUAGUAAAACUGUAAGUUCAAAAGUAACCAACUUAUUUUUUGAUUAAGUAUCAACAAAAAAUUAUUUCUUAUGGAAUGAUUCAUAUAUUCCUCCACAUUCCUUACUAAAAACAUCUGCUUCAAAAUUAGCAAGUUUAGGAUAAUCCAAAACAGUUCAUUUCACUAUUGGAAAAUCAUAAAUGCUUGUAUCGAGAGAUGAAGAUUUACGAUAGAUUAUUUAAGUGAUCCCUUUAAAAAAAGAAUAUUUGGCAUUCAGUAGAGAUGAAAAUGGUAUAUAGUAUUUGAAUUUCAUAUAGUUGUCUAAUUAUAAGUGUUGAAUAAUACUAGAAAAUAUAGAUUCCAUGACAAACAAGGUGCUAGUUAAUUUGUUUAAAAACUUAUUAGUGUAUAAAAUCAAAAGGCUUCUGCCACUCCUUUAAUGACUGAAUAUCCAUUUGGAUAGCAUUUGUAGAAUAUUGUAAGAAGCAAAAAGUCUGCAAUUCAAAAAUUAAAUUCUUAAAUUGCUUAAUAUGAAUAAAAAGUUUAACAAUUAAAAGUUUAAAGGUAAUAAUCAUAUUAUUAUUAUUAUAGAUAAUAACUAUUAUCAGAUUUUAAUGAUUUAGAUUUAGAUAAAGUUGAUGAUGAUGAAUUAAUGAUAAAUAAAGAGAAGGAAUAAUAGAAUAAGUAAUCUUCUUUUGAACCAGCAAGUUUAUUUAAGGCUCCUGUUAAAUUUAAAGAUGAAUGA